UCCACAUCUCCCAGGGCACCAUGGACUGCUUGAAGGGAGAGUUUGAAGUGGAGCCAGGCGACGGCGGCUCACGGUGCGAAUACCUGAAGGAGAAGGGGAUCGUCACCUACCUCGUUCUCGUACCCAAGCAGCCCCUCAAGAACGGGAUCAACGGUGUGAAGUUGUCCGUUUCAUCAUCGCAUGGGAACUCUCCUCAGCUGAUCAACACCAAAGAAUGCAAUGGAAGCAUUAACACCACCUGCACGACCCCAGAUGAGACAGAAGACCUGGACAGCAGGGUGGUGAACCCCUCCUUUCCCAACCCUCGGAGGCGCCUGCGCUUGCGUGACCUGGCGGAGAGGGUGGUCGAUGCCUCCCAGAAUGAGCAGGAGCUCAACAAGUUGCUCAACGAGGCCUUGCUGGAGAGGGAGUCCAUGCAGGCGCUGAAGGGCAAAUCCACAUACCGGCUGACCAUGCGUUUCAUCGACCCCGAGAUGGAGACGCGCUACUCCGUGGAGAAGGAGAAGCAGAGCGGAGCCGCCUUCAGCUGCUCCUGCGUCAUCCUCUUCUUCACGGCUCUGGUGGAGAUCUUCAUUGAUCCGUGGUUGGUGGCCAGUUACGUGACGUUUGUUGUUGGCGAAGUCCUUCUGCUGAUCCUGACCGUUUGCUCGCUGGCUGCCAUCUUCCCCCGGGUAAGCAGGGUUGUCUCCCACACCCCAACACACUGACAAUUGUUCCGCAGCUGUCUGGAAGAACCCGGGUGCUCAUGUGCUCUCCAUCUGCACCAGCCGCAUCCACUCAGUGGCGAUAUCCCAAUUUCCAGAGCUGAGCCUUCCAGGAUUUUUGUUUCUGAGAAAGUGGAAUUCUUUGUCUAGAUAAGAAUGUCAUAUUGCAUGCUCCUCAUGAGAUGGGACGGCCUGCCAGCCAUGGAUGAUAGCAGUUGUGAUGUCGUGGACUGGAGGCAGGAUUGUACCAACACCACGGCCCAUGUGUAGCUGGGUGCGAUCUUGAUUGUGGGUCUGUGUUGGGCACUGUGGCUUAACUUUCCCUGUUGCAGAAAGUUUCACACACAUACACAUUCGUUCUUGUAUCAGGCCUUGUGAUCGCUGAAUCUGAACUGAGGGGCAUUUUCUCAAAGCUGAAAACUGCAGGUGGAAUGUGGGUUUGCUGAGGGAAUGUAUAAGCCCAUCAGAAACGCACUAAAACACUUGAACCCAGUGGCAUGUGAGUUUUGGUUGACACAAACUUUGUCCCUCUCCCCU